UGAUUGUCAUCUCCUUUUGAUUGAGAUUCUCCCUCCAAAAUAACCCUAGAAAGUGGACAGUCUAGAGCGAGAAAGUGGAGUUGCAGAGAAUGAAGAAUCAACAGCAUCAUGAAGCUAUGGACGGUCUGCUAAACCUCUUCACCAAGGCGAACCACGAUCUCACGCUGGUUCAACACCGCCUCGAGAAAGAGUUCCAACAGAUUUAUCCUCACAAUGCAAAUCCUAUGAUCCUAGUUUCUCGCAUAAAGAAACUACAGGAGGAUCUCUGCUCCUUGAAGGAACAAUGCCAGGAGCUACUUGCUGCAAAACAGGAUUUGAUUGAUAAGGCCAGGACUACUUUGGUUGGAAACAGAAGUUUACUGCAACGGAUGCAAGCACCUAUGGGCAUUCCCCUUGCCAGUGAUUCUGAUGAUCCUGCAUAUGCCAACUUUAACCAGAUCAUUGAUGAGUGGACCAAUCAAGUCAGAUCAAGAACAGGGGAUGUGACCCACGAAUCAGAGUCUGAGGAUAUUAACAAGAUGCUCUUCUCAGCGAUAGUUCAAAGCAACUGAACCGACAACUUUGAGGGCUAACAUGGUCAUACAGGUCGGCCUUCCCAUCCUAUAUGAUUACUGUGCGUGAUUACCAUCUUCCAGUUGGCAAGUGAAAGCAUUAACAAGCGAGCUUGGAGACACCCAAUAUUUGGUUAAAAACUUGCCUAGGAUAUGCUUCUACUACUAAGAUGUUCAAUGUUCAAUAUACAUCUUGCGUGUUGUCUGUAUCUCUUAAGCCUUGCAAGUAGAAAGGCCUUGGCAUUUGGCAGCCACACACAUGAAAGCCUAAUCGUUGUAUAAAGAACGAGUUGCCUUUGUUUAUUUUGUGCUAUUCAAAUUCUCCACCA